AUGGGAAAAAUCACGACAAAAGAGAUUCGUGACAAAGCACGUCAUUCACCUCUUUAUCGAGAAAUUACCACAGCAGAUGGUACUUUUAAGGCUAUUAAUGGAAAGACGAGGAAGACGGUGGUAUCCAAUGAGGAAGAUAAAGAAGUGACACUUGAUGCAUUAUCAUCCAGAAAGAUUCUUCAGUUGGCAAGAGAACAACAGGAGGAGGUUGAAAAGGAAGAAAAUAUAGUUGAAGCAGUUAGCAAACCUCGAUUCCGUUUUGUGGAAAGUGAGGAUGAAGAAGAAGUUAAUGAAGAUAAUGAAAUUACAGACGGAGAAGAAGAAGAAGAAGAAUAUGAGCAGGAAGAGUUUGUGGAUGAACAGGAUAUGAAAUUAUUUGAUUCCUACUUUAAUAAGGGAUCUGAAACGCAAUCCAAGGGUGAAGGAAUGGCAGGAAGUUUCAAUUUGGCAGAUAAAAUUAUGGAGAAGAUCCGUGAAAAGGAGGCUGGUAGUGGUGAGGCAGAAAAUGAUGCACAGGGUUUUUCACAAAGAGAAGAUCGAGUUUUCCUUCCUCCAAGAGUCAUCGAAGCGUAUGAAAAGGUGGGAGAGAGUCUAAGUGCGUGGAGACAUGGUAAGCUUCCUAAAUUAUUCAAGGUUCUACCGACGAUUAAAAAUUGGGAAGACAUCUUGUACGUUACAAAUCCGGAAAAGUGGACUCCUAAUGUGUUGUAUGAGGCCACCAAGUUGUUUGUGUCCAAUCUUCCUUCCAACAAAGCACAGAAAUUCGUUACUAUGGUUCUCUAUCCAAGGUUUAGGCAGGAUAUAGAGGACAGCGAAGAUCAUAAGUUAAACUAUCACAUAUACAUGUCUCUCAAAAAGUGUCUUUACAAGCCUGCUGCCUUCUUUAAGGGAUUCCUUUUCCCCUUGAUCGAGGAUCAAUGCACGGCCAGAGAGGCCAUGAUUGUGGCCUCCGUGUUAAAAAAAUGUUCCAUUCCAGUUCAACACUCUUCUGUGGCACUUUCGUGGUUAUUGGAACAGGAGUUUUCUCCUCAAUCCGCCGUGUUUAUUAGAGUGUUGAUUGAGAAGAAAUAUGCGCUUCCGUACCAAACUAUUGACGACUUAGUCUUUUACUUCAUGAAAUUCAGAGUCAUUACUGACCAGAAUAAGGACAAUAUUAUGUUGGAUGAAGAUGAGAAUGUCGACCUUUCAGAACAAAGGAGAAUUAGGGAGGCUCCACAAUUACCGUUGGUGUGGCAUAAGGCGCUUUUGGCUUUUGCUCAAAGGUAUAAAAAUGAUAUUACGGAUGACCAAAGAGAUUUUCUUAUGGAAGUGAUAAGACAGAGAGGUCACAAAGAGAUAGGACCGGAUACCAGAAGAGAAUUACUGGCGGGUAAAAAAAGAGCAGAAAAAGAGGCCUCCAAAGCACAUGAAGACGACGAUAUCAUGUCCUACUUCUGA